UUUUUUGCUGAAGUUAACGGGUUAAAUCCCCAAUUUAUUUUUAUUUCAGAUGAACGAGACCGGCAUAUUCGCCCAAAUUAAAGCUUCAAUCGACUGCACAUUAUUUCAAUCUCAAUGUGUUAUGGUACCAAUGACAACAUCUCUCUUUUUUUUCUUUCUCAUUUUUUUUUGGUUUGGAGCCGAAAACUCCCUGUGCAGCAUCGUCUAUCUCUAUCACCAUCAAUGUCCCUGACCAAAGCCACGACGUUUAGUCUCUGACUACCGUGCAAAAGGAAAUUUGUUGUCGAAAUGGUCAAUGCAGUGAUUAGUGGAGUUCUUGAUUCAUUGAUUAGUGGGUCGGAGCUUCACAAUUCAAGGAGAAGGGGAGUUCUCCUGUUUCAUACUUACUAUCGUUGAAGAGGCAAAAAUCGUGGAAGGGGGACUUCUUGAUUCAUUGAUUAGUGGGUCGACUGUUGCCUAGGUUCAAUGAAACUCAGAGCUGUUAUGGCAAUUACGAAGAAAUUGAUGAGGAGAAUUGUUCUUUCCAAUCAACCCUACUCAUAUGUAAAGAGUUUGAUUGCGUCUGAGCCCAAGGAGAAGAUUGAUGGAGCGAUUUUCGAUUUGGUCUCUUUCGAGCAAAGCGAACAAUGGUGUGUAUAAAUUAUUAGUCUAAGACAUUAACUAUGGUACUAAUUAAGACAUAUACACUUUUUUCGUAGUAUAUACAGAAUGUUUUAUGUAUUGCAAAUGCAAGGUAGGGGUGACUUACAAUAGGACUAAAGUCCUCUUUGCAAUUAUUCAUGAAACCUCAAAAUUUCAAGGGAACAAUUUCAUUCGGUCUUGGCUUUUUCUUGGUAGUUAUAGGCUGGCCCAUAUGUGGCAUGAUUUUGGAGGCGUAUGGGUUCAUUGUGCUCUUCAUAGGAUACCUGUUCUUGGAUGGUUGUUACAACAACCUCAUAUUAGAUCGGAUGACAUUGAGGAGAAGGGAACUGGUAGGAUUUUUUACUCUGAAGGUGAACUAAAUGUUGGCAGGUCUCGACUACUACUGACGAGCACAUUUUUUUUGUAGAGGUAUUAUUUUGUUUUGAGUUAUUGCUGCACUAAAAGGCUAUUUAUGCUAACCCCAAACACUGUUGUUUUUGCAUAAGUGAAAUUCAUUCAAACUGGUGCUUACAAUGAAAGGUAACAUCACUCUGAUCAUGUAAAAAUUAUACUACUUUCUGAUCUUAUCAUUUGGUUCAAACAAGAAAAUGGAUUAUUUGAAAUUUGUUAUUCAAAAUUUUUCAAAAAGAAAAAUAUAUUGGACUCCUCCAGGAGAGAUGUUUGGAACUUACUGCUUCAUUGAAGUCCCACAAGGAAAAAAAAUAAUUUGAUUACAAGCACAGUAGAAGGAGCAUGGUUGAGGCUGUUUUGGUUUUCAAUAUUGUUGGAAGUAUUUAUAAAAGUUGUUAAACAAUUACACUUAUUGAAAAUACUUUUCCCUUGACCUCAUUUUAUAGGGAUGUUCAAAAAGCUUGUGUUUAUGAUGGUAAAAUUUUGAUUUUUAAUUUAUUUUUGGGGGUUUCGCAGGUAUGGUUCUUCCUUUCUCAGCCAUUCCUUAUUCUGCAAUUUCUAUUUUGUUAAUUCAAAUAUUUGAUCGAUUUGUUUGGUUAGAAGUAGAACUGUAUUAUUACAUUAUGGUUUGCUCUCUCUGUUUUCGUGCUGGAUUUCAUGGUUGAACCCCGUUCAGAUUCUUGAUAAACAUUCCAGAUCUAAUUAUAUUUGGUUAGUGAUGAUACAAAUCAAUACAAUCACUUAUGUCUCUGUACCAUGUGAAUAUUUGGUCUAAUUAUAUUCCUUAUUAUGUAUUAUUUUUUAGGUACCCA